UUGAUGAUAAAGCAAAUAUAAAAACUGUAACAUCAAAUGUACAAGUAUUUCCCGAUAAAGUGUUUGUAAAUAACAGGCUUACAAAAUAUAAAUGGAACAUGCCUGGCAACAGUAGUAUCUGGUGAAAUGGCGUCUGGUUACCUUGUGCUCGGUUUAUUUUAGCUAUUUGAUUAGCAAGCUAUAUUCAAUAACCGUUGACUGUGAAUAGAAGUUCAUUUUCAAUAGAAUAAAUAACGUCAUUGUUAUAUUUCAAAAUGUCUGACUCAGAAGAGGACAGUCAAGAUAAGCAACUUAAAAUUGUAGUCAUCGGGGACGGCGCAUCAGGGAAGACGUCCCUCACCACCAGGUUUGCACAGGAGGCCUUUGGGAAACAAUACAAACAAACCAUUGGCCUUGAUUUCUUUCUGAAGAGAAUAACUCUGCCAGGCAACGUGAAUGUUACUUUGCAAGUGUGGGAUAUUGGAGGUCAAUCGAUUGGAGGGAAAAUGCUGGAUAAAUAUGUCUACGGGGCUCAGGGUGUUCUUCUAGUGUACGACAUUACAAACUACCAGAGCUUUGAGAAUCUGGAGGACUGGUACGGCAUGGUCAAGAAGGCCAAUGAAGAGUCAGACGUCCAGCCUGUGGUCUCCCUGGUGGGAAACAAAAUUGACCUGGAGCACAUGAGGACAGUGAAGGCUGACAAACACCAGCGCUUCUGCCAAGACAACAGCCUCAUCAGUCAGUUCGUAUCAGCCAAGACCGGAGACUCAGUGUUCCUGGCAUUCCAGAGAGUGGCUGCAGAGAUUCUGGGGGUGAAGCUCAACAAAGCAGAGAUUGAGCAGUCCCAGAGGAUCGUGAAAGCUGAGCUGGUGGACUACCAUCAGGACGAAGUACCCGUUAGACAGGAGACCAAUCAGAGCAAAAUCUGUUCGGUUCAGUAGUUGGAACGUGUGGUGAAGGCAGACAUCGUGAACUACAGUCAAGAACCUGUGGCGAGGACAGUCAACCCCCCGCGCAGCUCCAUGUGUGCGGUACAGUGACCCCCUCUCUCCCCCACCUCCCUUCUUGCCCCUCCACAAACUGACGAUAGCAGUGAGGGCUUCUGACCAGCAGGAUGCCCCCAACACACUGGCCCAUAGCCAAAGCAGGGGAAUUGAGACAGCUUGGUUUAUUCUGCUGCACACACACACACACACACACACACACACACACACACACACACACACACACACACACACACACACACACACACACACACACACACACACACACACACACACA